UUUGCGUUAAGAUCAAUCAAUAUAAUAUUGUGGUAUUUUUUUUUUUCCAGAUUUGCAUUAAGAUCAAUCAAUAUAAUAUUGUGGUAUUCCUUCAAUACUCUAUCGCAAGUUUUGGUUGUCGGGAUUUUCGUUUAUCAUCAUGUAGUAGACUUUAAUAUAGUGAUGAUAUUUCUACCAUAA